UUGUGACAUAAAAGACCCGUAGACGAUUGGACCUCUCUACUCUACCCCGCCAACUUAGUGAUAUCCGGGUACGGUACCUAGUACAUACAUCCAGAUAGAAUUAGCUAGUGGAGACAGCCCCACAUCAAUCCCCUAGCUCUCCAAAAAUUAAUAUCUGCCAAGACAUUUCGCAACGCGGUUUCCCGUUGGAGAUCGCCAAUCUUUACAUUUAAGCCUUCGCCUUCGUGAAUUGUGAAUCGUGAAAUAUGGAGUAACGAAGUCAACCCACGAAGUUACUUUACUCUGUUCCUUCCUAAUUCAACCCUACCUCCUAGGGCACAGAGAUAUUUGACUACAAUUCCAAUAACAACACCUUCCUCAUGAACACUACAAUUUCUUAAACUUCCCCUAUACCGGGCCCAUCACCAAGGUCUUACAUGCACAUCCAUUUCACACCGGCUCCCUUGUAUGAAGAACAUACGUGGCUAUGACCGAAAAGGAUAUGCGUCUGCGCCUCGUGGUGCGAAGGGACGGAUUCCCGGAAGUACGGCUCGUUUGGAACGUGUCUCUAGAGAACGACCCGACUAUCUCGAAGCUGCUCGAGACAGUGAACGAGACCAUCCCUCUAGAGAUUGAGCAGAAAGGACUAGAAAACUACGUGGUCGAGCUACACGAUGACGAUGGAACAAGUUUCGAAUGCUUGCACUUCCAAACGGUACGAUCUGUCCUCAAACCCGACGACCGAGUUUUCAUUCGAGCCCUCGAUCGAGACGACAACAAACAGCGUCGAAUCAGUGGUCGAUAUCGGAUCUCUUCCGAUGGCAGACACUUGAUUGACGGUAUCCCUUUUGGACGUCGUCGCCUCAAAGCCUCGAGCAGUCGACCCCCCGCUGCUCUCCCCCCGCGGAAGCGUGCUAGACUGGCGUAUGAUCAGGAAGACUUGGAUGAUGAAGACGACGACGACUUCUUAGGGGACGAAGAUGAUACGCCGAUGCUACUUCUCACUAAUGGCGAACAACCUAGCGAUACAGGGGACUCUUCAAGUGUCAGAAUAAAUGCGGAGUUCGACGAUGCUGAUGCCGAUGCCGAGGAUGAUGAUCUCGAUAGCGAAGAGCGGAUGGACGAUACACUUGACCACUCUGAACCUGAAAACUCUGACCAAGAAGACCAAUCAGAGUCACCAAGCGAUGAAGAUAUGGAAGAUGAGCUUGAUGACGAAGAUCUCGAUGACGAACUUCAGGAUCUGAUGAAAGACAACGCUGAUUACGCAGAGGAACAAGAAGAGGAAGAGCCAGAGGUAGAACCGUCUGAUAUGCAAACUUCAGAUGGAGGAAACCUAAAUAAGAUUUCCGCAUUACGAGCUGCAUUUCCCUCAGCACCAGUGGCAAUCUGUGAGAAGCUUCUGGAUAGCUCCAACGGUGACCUAAAGGCAGCAUACAAUGGUCUCGUUAAUGUCUUUGAACCGAAGCUUUCAGAAUCUGCGUUGUUAGCAUGGCAUCCAUCAAAAGAGGUUUCGCCAAAGACAAAAACCUCUCAAAACGGAGCGCCGGUGAAUUCUACGGCGAAUAAUUAUACGAAAAAAAGCCGUAACGCGUUCGACGAUGACGAGGAUCAGUGGGAGUCAACCGAGGAGGAAGAAGAGGAUGUCCCCGAUUUCGUACGACAAUUCGACCAUCGCGGCUUGCCUCCUGGUUCAAUUACUUCAGGCAAAGGACUAGCGGAAAUGGCUGCGGUAUCCGGCACACUUGCCCAUAAUAAAAUAAAUGGAGCGAGCGAGACAACAUCUGCCACCUUGAACGAUGGUAAGGCUAGCCCUGAAAAAACAACAAAUGAAGACGAUGACACUUCAAGUGACGCCACAAGCUCUAGCUCCGAAGGUGAAGAUUCCGAAUCUGAGAGCGAUGACAAUUCUGACGAUGACGAUAAUGAAUCGUCGGAUGACAACAGCAAUGAAGAUGGCGAUAGCAAUGAUAGCGAGGAUGAUAGCGAAGGCAAUAGUGUUGAUCUUGAAGGCGGUGGUUCUCCUGCAUCCGAUAAUGAUGCGUCAUCCGCGUCUGGUUCCGGCUCAGAUAGUCCAAGCGAGGACGAUAGCGAGGACGAUAGCGAAGAUAAUAGCGAAGAGAAUGAUAGUGGCCCAGAAGUAUCAUCUUCGAGACUCCCACUUUCUAUUCAGCAAGGAAACGUUGAUGAAGAGGACUCGAGUCAAGACGAAACUAGCAGUGACUCUUCAUCAAAUGACAGCGAUAUCUCCUCCGAAGAUAGUUCUGAAGCUGAAUCAGCUUCAGGAUCUGAAAGUGAGCAAGUAGAGGAGGAGUUGCCUACAAAUCACGAAGAGGCAGUGAUGCCAAAUAAUACAAUAGGAUUGACUCAAAGCGCGCAACAAACUCAGCCGCCCCUAGUAUCGGCGAAUCCGGCUCCCCAAGUCAACCAGGCACCAGUACCUCCAGGUUCCGGCAAGGAAAGCACAAGGAGGCGAAAUGCUCGCCGUCGAGCCGCAAAAAGGGCUAAGCAGCGAGCGCAGCAACUAGCAUCUACUACAGAUGCAUCGUCUACAAGCAAGGAAGCCGAACAUCCUACCCCUCUCUUGGACGAAAAGGCUCUUUUUGAGGCCAAACGACAAGAAUUACUGGAUGCGAUUGCCGAUGGCGGGGUGGAAGUUGGUCCACCCAGCCAAUCGGACGAAUCGUCAAGGACUUCGAAUCUCACGAAAAGGAAGCGUCAAGAACAAGACGGGCUUGACCAGCAGGCUACUCAAGAAGCUACUCCUGCAAAGACGCCCGCAAGUGAAGACGAUCAGUCGCCGGCUUCAACCCAGAAAAGGCGUCGGAUAGAUGUGAGCGCCGGCCGGAGAAUGCUCUUUGGGGCUCUGGGUCUUCGCAAUCCUAAAACUAAGGAAGACGAGGAGAAGCUACGAGCAAAACUCAUGAAGGAUGUUCGACCUCUUGAAAACCUGAGACUUAAGCAAGACCCAAAGGACGCACAACUGAUAGGUGAGAGUGAGGGGAAAUCGACAGAGGAAGAUCUUGAUUCCUGGAAAAACAAAAUCAUCUAUCGAGCCGUAGAGUGCUGCCAGGAAGGGAUAGUGCUUAGCGAGCCUCCUUUUCCGUUUAUCCAGCGAUGGGAUCCUCAGCAGCAAGGGUAUUGGUCUCAGAAGAAGAACAAACGUGGUGGUCAAAGUAAGCGAACACAGCGUAAUGAAGCACACUUCUACCAGGAUAGCCGUUUAAGCAAGAAACGCAAGCAUGACGAGUCCGCCAUGUGGGAUGAAGAGGGAUACGAUGACACAUUUAACGGCAUUGAUGACACUACCAAUGCUGAUGUCGAGCUUAACUAUGACGAUCCCGAGGAUGAUCAACAUUAUGAAACGAAUGGGCCUACUAAUGAUGCAAGCCAGUUCACAGACAUGGAUGAUCUCCCGUCUUUGCCAUCAGACUUGUCAACGCUCCCCGUUCUACGCCCUGGGGAAGUCCAGGUCGGCAUGGUGAUUACAUGGCAGCAGUGGUCAUGCUCGUCAGCUACCGGUUGGCAACCACAGCUUUCUAACGUGACCGGUGUCGUGGUUAGGAUCGACGAUGACGCUACUGGCGUAGAAGUCUGUCUCGCCAAACGAGACCGGUAUCUAGAUAGAAAUGAGAAGAAGUAUGAUCAAAAAGGCCAACGGAUUUAUGACAAAUUCGAAGCACCAGACUUUGACGACGAAGAGGAAGAAGACGAAGAUGAAGGUUUCCGAACUAUGGGUUUCGCCGAAAUGCAGCAGCCUAGAAUUCUUCAACAACCGCUACCUGCCAUGACAACUAGUGGGGAACGUGGCGAGCGCGUUGGCAAACUUCCCGCUGAAAAUCCAGUCCCUGGGGCGAGAGCAUCUACAGCUGCCGAAGAUAUGCAAAACGAUACCCCAGAAGAAUCUAAUCCACGAGAACCAGUGAAAGAAAACGCGCCUAGUGUCAAGAAUUCGGAGACAUCUCAAAGUGAACAGGAGCAACAAGCUAGCGAUGGGUCGGUAUCGGGUCUGUCUCAAAUCAGUAGCCCUUCCCGUCAGUUACAUGAGAGCACCAGUCAAGCCAUCGGUGAGAUAUCCCGUGAUCGGUCUACACAAGAUAUUUCCAGCCGCAGAGAUGCCGGCUCGGAUGUUUCAUCUGAUAAACCUAACCCUAAUAUGUCGGGUUCGGGCAUUCCUAGCGCUCGACAGUCAUCAGCUCCACUAUUUGAUAGCCAUGAGGACGAGGUUGUUGUUGGAACGCCGAAGAGACUCAAAACUAAAGCUGCCGUUCCACCUUCAUCAGUGAGCAGUGCACGUAGUGGACGGCAGCCGGAUUAUGCAAUGGACAUGAACGAUACACAACCAGAUUCGCUCAAAAUUACAGACGAUGGUGUCUCUGCUGCAGCAAACUCCGAAGGUCCUCGUGGCCCAGGAUCUGAUGAGGACGCGUCGACUCCUACGCCAAAGCCCGAUCGCCAGAGCGAGUCGGUCUUUUUUAAGCAAGAAGGGACCGCAGGAAAUGACCAACCAUCAUCACCAGCAAAUCCAUCAACCCCUAGCUCACUAUCAUCUAUCAAUACUGUUUGGAACACCGCUCGUACAGCACUCUCUUCGCGAAAUACGCAAACUCCAUCCCUAUCCCAACAGCAGUCUCAACCCAUCACUGCCAAGGCAUCGGAGCAAGCCCGAGCUCUGAAAGACCAGGAGUAUGAGGAAGCGAUGCGGAAACUGGACGAUUUUUCGGAUGACCAGGAGAGCUUGUCAAGGGUUCCCGAUAGCUUUAAACCAGGUAGCCAGGCAUCGGGUCUCAAUGGUGUCGCCGGACGUGAUAAGCCUGUAAUUAAACCAAAGUUGAAGUCGCCACAGAUAAAGAUCUCACCCCCUCCAACCAGGAGACGAAGAUUGACUAAACCGCCAACUCAAUUCACGCUUCCUCCCGGGACACAGGUAGUAGAUUUAUCCUCGGAUUCAGAACCUGCCUACACCGAGAAUUAUGCAGAUGACGAUGUAGACGGAACCUAUUCCCCUGAGCCGGACAGCUUUCCCAGAAGCAAUGGAUGGGUGCAUAAGAAAGUGGAUGCGAAGAAUCGCAAACCGAGAAACAUGUCAGCGCCUGUCGGAACUCAGCCAAUGAAAAAGGAAUUGCUCUCAUCGUCACAGAGCUACCGGGCGUCGUUGCCUAUGUCUUCAAUAUCCAACCCCAGUCGGCUCAAGUCUCGGAAGACAAGCUCAAGAUUCUAGUUGAUGUUAUUUGGGAAGAGUAGUUCUGAGUAAAACUCUACGGACACUGUACUUGGGGUGUUACUGGUAUUCUGGUUUUCAGGUAUGAUCUUAGGCAUCUGCCUAGGUAUUAACCAUAUUACAAAAGGUGAAGAAAACUGAGGUAGUAAGAAAGUCUAGGUGUUUUGAGGUUUGAGGGGCUUUCACAAUGAAUCAACACGGCAUGUAUUAUGGUACGCGUGUCCAUACUUUAGUACAGGAACGCCUUAGUGAGUUAUAUAGCCAAGUAAUGAGCUGACCAAUCCAAGAUAAUCAU